UUUUGUUUUUGCAAAAAUGAGUGAAUUUCUGUCGGAAAAUAAUGCGUGCGGACAAAAUCUACUCAACAUUGUGUCUGUGGGCAAUUCCAUAAUUGCCGAAAUACUCCGCUUAAAAGAAUACGUGCCCAGCAUUUACCGGUUGGAAACGACAGCUGAUAGGCAAAAAUAUGCCGAAAUUAUAUUGGAUUUUAGCUACUUUAAAGUGGCCGAGGCGCAUGAAAAAAAGAUCGAAGACAGCCCAGACCUAAGCGAUUUGGAUUUGGAAACGCGAACAAAUCAUCUGCAGCUGAUUACACGCUUCUAUUUGGCUUUUCAGAGCGUUCAUCAUUAUGCCAGCGAUUUGAAACAGUAUAUAGAGGAACUGAACACUGGCUACUACAUCCAGCAAACGCUGGAGACGGUGUUGCAGGAUGAGGAGGGCAAGCAGUUGCUAUGCGAAUCGCUCUAUUUAUAUGGCGUUAUUUUACUCGUCCUGGACUUUCAUAUACCCGGCGAUGUACGGGAGCGUCUGCUCAUUGCCUAUUAUCGUUAUAGUGGCGGCGAUGUGACGCCCAGCGGUGAUGAGAGCAACAUACACGAUGUUUGUCUGCUGCUGCGCUCCACUGGGUUUGUGCAGCUGGCGGCGCGGAAUCAACCGCUGAACAAAACUACGGCUGUGCCUGUGCCCAAAUACCCGGAAGCAUACUUUGCGCGAUAUCAGUUUGAUCAGAACUUCAUUGAUUUGGUUGUAGCGCGUCUGCGCUGCGAUGAUAUCUACAACCAGUUGGCCAUCUAUCCGCAUCCCUCGCAUCGGAGUACAGCGCUCUCCACGCAGGCCGUAAUGCUCUAUGUUUGCCUAUACUUUGCGCCCCAGUUGCUGCACUCGCAAGGCGCCCAGAUGCGCGAGAUUGUGGACAAGUUCUACUGUGACAAUUGGACGCUGUCCAUUUACAUGGGCAUCACUGUCAAUCUGAUCGAUGCCUGGGGCUGCUUCAAGGCAGCCAGCGCUGCCAUCUGCAAUAUUGUGACUCCUGUAGCAAUUAAGACGCUCUGCCAGCAGCAGCGCGAACAGAUGCAGAAAACGCUACAGAAAACGCAGGAGAUUGUGCGUGAGGGUGUCCUCGAUGACGGCUUCGUGCUGGAGCAUGCCAAUAAUAUAAUCGUGCUGAUGCGACAGGCGAAUGUGUUGCUCCGUUGGCAUUGCCUGCACACCAGUCCAGCCGUACUGGUUAUGUCCGGACAGGCGGUAACAUCGGCACAAGUGCAUCAAAUGGUGCUGCAGGAGCUCAAGUUCGAGCAGAACACACUCUACCAACUGCUGCUCAAUUGUGGCCAACUGGAGCUGACUGUUAGGGAAUUGCUUGCUGAGCUGCAAAAGGAUCGUGAGCAGCGCUGGACACAAAGUCGCGAGGAGGCCAUGCAAUAUUUGCGGGAGCUCAGCGAAGCCUUUGCUGGCACACGUCCGCUGACGAAGAUCGAAGCGAAUUUGCAGCUGCAGCAAUGGUUUGGUCAGGUGGCGCAGCGUCUGCACAAACUGGAGCUGGCCAAGCCCCAAAAGUCGGGCAGACUCAUCAUACAAGUGAUGCAGGCACUGGACGAAGUCCAAGAGUAUCACAAUCUACAUGCCAAUAUGCUGGUCAAGCAGCAGCUGCAGGAGACCCGAGAUCUACUGAAUCGCAUGGCUCAGUUAAUCAACCUAAAAGAGGACAUUGAAAUCCACAUUCAGAUGAUUACUGAUUUUAGCUAUGCUUGGCAGCUGCUCCAGCGAGAUUUCACAGCUAUCAUGCAGGAUCAUAUUAAGAGGCAGCCAAAUGCUGUUAUUGGCAUACGAGCGGUGUUCCUGAAGCUGGCCAGCACUCUGGAGGUGCCGCUGAUGCGUAUCAAUCAGGCAAAAAGCGAGGAUCUGGUGUCUGUGUCCAACUACUACAGCACGGAGCUGGCGAACUUUCUGCGGCGUGUGCUGCAAAUUGUGCCGGAGACAAUGUUCAACAUACUGGCCCGUAUUAUACAGCUGUUGACCAAUGUUAUCAAGGAGUUCCCCACACGGCUCGAUAAGGAUAAGCUGCGCGAGUAUGCACAGUUCGAGGAGCGCGCCAAGGUGGCGCAAUUGACCAAUUCCAUAGCGGUCUUCACUAAAGGCAUUCUCAUGAUGAAGAAGACGCUGGUCGGCGUCAUCGAAUUGGAUCCGAAACAGUUGCUCGAGGAUGGCAUUCGCAAGGAGCUGGUCAAUCACUUGGCCAAUGCGUACAAUUUGGGUCUGAUCUUUACGCCGGAGAAGGGCAAAAGCUGUGUGCAGCUGCUGCAGGAGAAACUUCAAGCGCUGGCCAAAACCAUCGAAGGUUAUCGUCGAUCCUUCGAAUAUAUCGAGGACUAUUUGCGGGUGCAGGGACUACGCAUUCUGCUGGAAGAAUCGCAGCGCAUCAUCAACUAUAAUGUGGAGAAGGAAUGCAAUUGCUUUUUGCGCAACAAAGUCCAGGAGUGGCAAUCCCGCUUCCAAUCCCCAACCAUACCCAUACCCAACUUUCAACCGCUGCACGGUGAUCCCAGCAAAUCGAACAAUUUCAUUGGACGCCUUGCACACGAAAUCCUACGUUGCACGGAGUCACGACAAACGAUCUAUUUGGAUCUGAAGUGCACCUGGUACGAGAAACGUGCUCCACACCAGGAACUGCUCGCCGGCUCUGGUUUCUUCAGUGUGUUGCGCGAGGCAAUGGCGCCGGCUGGUAUGGUGGGACUGGAACGCAUCUAUGCCCACAUGAUGGCCGAUGAGCUCAAGCGAACGCUGGACAAGCUGCAAAAGAAUCUAACUUCGGAUCGCAUGUGGUGCGAUGCACUGAGCAGCAUGACCAAAGAACUGGAGUCACGUGACUUUCCCGGCGAAGUGGCCAAGCAGCCGCUCAAGUAUUAUUCGAACUACACGCAGCGCUGGCUGAAAGUGUGGCCCACUCUGCUGGAUUGGAUGCUCGCGCUGGGUCAAAAGCAGUUGCUGCGCCAGCAAAUCGCCAGCGAGCUAAGUUUUAGCAGCAAAUGCGAUGCCAAGCUGCUGGAGAACACGACGGAAACAUUGAAUCGCGCUCUACUGCUGGAACUCUCGAGCAGCACGAAAUUGUGUGAUGAGCAGGGCGUGAGCAUGUUGACGGAACUGCAGGAGAUACUCCAGUAUACCGGCAACUAUGAGCCACUAGAGCAGAUCUUUGUCAUCACCAAAAACACGCACAGCAUGUCCCUCUUUCUGUUCCUCUUCACCAUUGCGCAUGUGGGUCGCCUGCAACAUUCCACAAACACCGAUUGUCUGCUGCCCAAGUCCGCCAAAGAUGUCAUCGAUUGUGUGCCGCUGAUUAUGGGUCUGCUCAGUGUGCUGCAGCAGUUCCACAAGAAUGUCAAAAUGCUCUACAUCUCCUACAUGUGCCAGUAUGUGGUGACAGUGGCCGAGGCGCAACUACUGGACAAGGAGAUGCUGGGUGCGGAGGUGGUAACGACGCUACACUUUCUGCAGACCUUCAUACGCUUGGCCCGUUUGCCGCUCAGUGUUCUGGAGCAGCGCAUACCUAAUAUCAUACUAAGCGAAUUUGAUUAUCUUGCCACGCCUGUCAAGUAAUUAAUUAAUAAAUAUAAUCUAUUAAAUAAUUGAUUUAAAAUCAAAAAUAACAAGCAAAAA